AUGGAGCUGCUGCAGGGCCAGGAGGAGACUCUGGGCGCCAACUCACCGUCCCCGCGGCCGAUGGUCAAGCUGUCCAUGCGCCACUGGCAAGACUACACCCCGGGCGGAUCGCUGUUCAUGAUCGUGCGCCGGUGCGUCAGGUUCAAGCUGAAGAAGGGCCUCCGUCGAUUCGACUGGCAGUCGGAGCACAAACGCGCCGAGUUCGUCGGGAUGCUCGGCGACUGCGCCGAGGAGCUCCGGGAAAAAGGGCUGCUGGGCCACGUCGUGGUGUACAUCAGCGGCGACGUCCCGGCGGAGUCGAGAGAGUUAAUAAAAGCGUCGGCUCGGUCCAUGGGCGCGGUGCUGUCCGCGUCGGCGAACGACGCGGCGGUGACGCACGUCCUCCACGCCGACCUCGACGUAAACGGGACGGAAACCAAACGCGUCUUCCCGGAUAAGGACCAGGCGAUCGUGCGCGGGGUGGUGGAAAAGGAGGCGCUGGUGCACUACGCGGGAUACCCGACGAGUUACGACGCGUGGUGCGCGGUGAGCACCGCGCGAGAACACGCGGCGCGGGACCGAGCGCACCGGUGGGAUUCGGCGCCGGAGGAUGAUUCGGCCAUUCGCGCCGCGUCGGGCGAGCAUCUCGCCAUCGCCGGAAGGUCUAAGCCCGCGAAGCACGUGCACUACACGUGGAUCGUGGACAGCGUCAAGUACAACGAGUGGUGCGACGAGGGCGACUACGCGUGGGAGGAUCCCGCCGAGACGGCUAUGCGAGCGGCUACCCGGGCGAGGGACGCGGCCAACGCCGCCAUGGCGGCGACCGCCGCCGCCUCGGCGCAGGCGCAGGGCGGCGGUGCGCCCAAGGUUGGCGAGAAGCGCAAGGGUGGGCCGGACGCGUCAGUCACGGCGGACGACGCGUCGCAGGGCACGGUGGCGACGCACGGGACGGGGGGCACGGCGGGGACGGCGCCGGCCCCGCCCCCCGAGGAUGAGCGCGUCGCUCCGCCGCAAUUCGCCGAGAGGAUCGGCCCGAGCGUGGUGCGGCAGCACCUCACCGCCCCGCACUCGUCCGUCGCCGCCGUCGCCGCGAACGACGGCGGCGCCCGACCGACCGACGCGAAAGCACCCGGCCGACAUCAUAUCCGCGGUGACCGAGGAGGGGUGGUCCAGGAGAACAUAUCCCGCGGGCAGAUGGCCGGUGCGGCGAGCGAAGUCGCCGCGGCGAAAAAGGCGCUUGACGACGCCGUCGCGGACGUGACGGACGAGGUCAUCGACGCCGACGCGAACGGUUCGGACGACGCCGCACUCACCGGCGGGACGGGCGCCGGGACGGACUCCCGCGAGCCGUACAAGAUCCCCGGGCACUCGCACUGGUUCCGAUGGCACGCGACGCACGAGCUGGAGAGGCGGGGCGUCCCCGAAUUUUUCGACGGGCGAUCGGAGACGAAGACGCCCGAGGCGUACGCCAAGAUCCGCGCCACCAUGAUGAACCAGUAUCGCGUCGCGAAGAAGGCUGGGGAACGGCUCAAUUUCACGAAGGCGCGCCGAGGGCUCGUAGGGGACGUCAACUCGCUUCAGCGCGUGUUUGAUUUCCUCGAGCGGUGGGGGCUGAUCAACUGGCAGCCGAAGAUGGACGCGGGGAAAGCCGCCGGCUUGGGCGCCAACGUCCCUCGCGUCGUCGCGGUGGACGUGACGCGUCCGGAGAAACCCGAUCCCGGGACGUUCAGCGCCGCGAACGUGGCUCUGUACAGGUUCCCCCCCGCCCCGCUCAACGGCGCGGCUACGUCGGUUGCGGAGGCUGAAGCCGCGGCUGAAGCCGCCGAACUCGCCGCGGAACAGCAUGGUGCCCGGCGAGGCCGCCCGCCCACCAACCCCCGGCCGGAGCAACCCGCGCCUUCAGCCGCGUUGCAGGCGCCGCUCUCGGCGUACGCGGUGCUGUACGGAAACCAGGGUAACGUCAAGCGCGCGUGCGUGGGAUGCGACGCGGACAUAACCGGCAAGGGCACGGCGUAUUAUCACUGCGCGAGACCGCCGCCGCGUCUGGCCAAGACGAACGUCGGGGGCGUCGACGUGUGCGGGCGGUGCUUCUCCGCCGGUAAGCUCCCGGACGGUACCACGAGCGGCUGCUUCCUUCGAACAGUCGCGACGGGGGCGUCGAGUAAAAAGGCGAAAAAGGCGGCCCGGGUCGUGUCGGUCAACGAGGACGGCGAAGAGAUUGAGGUGGAGGACGACGAGGACGACGACGACUCGGACGCCGAGAUGGAACAGGACGACUGGACCGACCAGGAGACUCUGCUCCUCCUCGAGGCGCUGGAGACGCGCGGCGAGUCCUGGUCGGACGUCGCCUCGCACGUAGGCACGAAGAGCGCGGAGGAGUGCAUCCGCCGGUUCAUCCGCCUGCCCAUCGAGGAGCGCUUCCUGGACGAGCUCGACCCCAACGUCGGCGGUACGGACGCCGCGGACGUCAGGGGCGGCGGGGACGUCGGGUCCACCGAGGAGUGGCGCAUGGGCAGGCCGGACGUCGACGUGCGGGGACCGAACGACCUCACCGUGCCCUUCGCGGGUGCGCCGAACCCCGUCAUGUCCAACGUGGCUUUCCUGGCGACGUGCGUGACGCCGCGCGUCGCCGCCGCCGCCGCCAAGGCUGCGCUCCACGCGCUCGACGAGGAGAAUAAGGGCCUUACGGAGAAGGGCGCGAUGGACGCGAUGGACGUGGACGGCGGCGGCGGCGGCGGCGGGGGCGGGGGCGAGAGGACCGCGGCGGACGUCCCCGUGACGGACGCCGGGGCUAGGGAGGCGGCGGCGACUGGGCUGGCGGCGGCGGCGGUUCGCGCCAAGCUCCUGGCCGACGCCGAGGAGAGGGAGGUCCAGCGGCUGAUCAUCUCCAUCGCGGAGGCGCAGAUGAAGAAGAUUGAGGCGAAGAUGCGCAGCUUUGAGGAUCUCGAGAUUGGUCUGACGAGGGAACGGGAGGCGAUCGAGGAGAUGAAGGCGAGGCUUUUCGCGGAGCGAGCGGAUCUGAGGAUUCAAAAGCUCGAGCACGAGGAGUCCGUGGCCCGGGCCAAGGAGGCGCAGGAGAGGCGCGAGGCGGAGGCGGCGACGACGACGACGACGACGGCCAACUGAGUUUUAUAGCCUAUCGCUCUUGAUGAAUUAAACCAGCUAAUGAAUG